AUGGCCUGCUUCGGCCACUUGAAUGCCCAGGGAGAAUGGAGAUUACAGAUUACAGGAGUGGUGGACACAGGCCGGUCCAUCAUGUGUAUUGACCUACCCACCAUCGAAGAGAUCCAUAACCUGGCUCUGAAUGUUUCCAAGAAAAUGCUGAUUCUCUGUUGGACAUUGGGAGGCUUUUUGUUGGAGCUUAGCAAUCACCCUCGAUGGUCCGCCCCGCAGAAGCACAAACAUUUUGUGAAGUUAACAUUCGUCCCAUCUUCGUGGUGGCUGCUCUUGGGACUGUUGGCCCUGAUGCACCAAGCACACUCUCUGAGGUUGAAGAUCGGCGUGGUGGGACCCUGGAACUGCGACCCAGGUUUUUCUAAAGCUCUUCCAGACCUGGCCGCCAAGUUGGCCAUGGAUCGGAUUAAGAGGGAGAAGCUCCUGCAAAGGGGAUAUGAAGUUGAAUACAUGGUGCUUCCAGAUGACUGCCAGACCUCGAAAGCUCUCACAAACUUCAUGGGGUUCGGCAAGCACGUGUCCGUGUUCUUGGGUCCCGUGAACCCCGGCUACUGCGAGGCCGCUUCACUGAUGGGCAAGUAUUGGAAUAAAGCAAUAUUUUCAUGGGCUUGUGUCAACUUUCAACUUGACAACACCAUCAGCCACCCGACCUUUGUGAGGACCUUGUUAUCGCCCGCCAAGGUUUUGUUUAGUGUGAUGAAACACUUUCUCUGGGCCCACAUUGGCAUAAUAUCUUCAAAUGAGAACAUCUGGGUGGACACUGCCAACAAGCUGGCCAAUGCCCUCAGGUACAAUGGACUUCCAGUUGGGAUUGUCAGAUCGAUGGGCUACACUGAUGAAGAUGUGUUGAAUACCUUAACGAAGAUUAAAAAUGUUCCAGACCUUAGAGUGAUUGUGAUGUGCAUGCACUCUGUCUUCAUCGGAGGCCAGGAGCAGUCAACCUUCCUGCGGCGAGCUCACGACAUCGGAUUGACGGAUGGCAGAUACGUCUUCAUAUCCUACGACACGCUGCUCUACAGCCUGCCCUACAAGAAUGCAACCUACUCCGCCCUGAGGAACAACUCCAAACUAUCAGCCGCCUACGACGCUGUCCUGACCAUAACAAUGGCCUCAGAAGAGAUGUCCUUCCACGAGGCGUUCUCAAAGGCACAGGAGAGUGGGGAGAUAACAACAUCCCAGCCUGCGGAAGAGGUUUCUCCUCUAUUUGGAACCAUAUAUGACGGUGUCUACUUCAUCGCCAAGACUAUGGAGAAUGUGCUAAGGGAUGGGGCCCACAUCUCCGGAAGGACCCUGGCCAACCAUACCAAGUUCCUCAACUUCACCGGUUUCAGCCAGAAGCUGGCGACCGGAGAAGGUGGUGAGGGGAUAGCUGACUACGUCAUCUUGGACACAGACGGGAGAAGUGACCGUCUCUUGCCAACCUACACCAUCAAUAUGGUGACUGAAACGCUGCAGUACGGAGACACUGACAUUCAUUUCCCUGGGGGAUCACCUCCAAACGCCGACUCAUACUGUUGGUUUGAGCCAAAUAUCAUUUGUACAGGAGGCAUUGAGUUAAAAGUCGUAAUCCUGGGCUUUGCGUUAAUCAUUGGCCUUGCUCUCUGUGGACUUGUGGUGGCUUACUUUAUCAGACGGCGAAUCCAACACAUACAGAUGGUGAAGGGGCCCAACAAGAUCAUCAUGACCUUCGAAGAUCUCACCUUCAUCAACCCUCAGCUCAGCAAGAAGAAACUGACCCUGGACGAUCUGAGUGAUGGAAGAAGUAUGUCUGAGCGGAAGAGUGUGAAGUCCAUGGGGUUAUCCAUGUCGGGGAAAAGUUCAGCCGUGGUGUCGCAUGAGAAUUCAAACAUAGCGGUGUAUGAGGGGGACUGGGUCUGGCUGAAGAAACUUGACUCCAGAAGUAACCAAGAGGUACAGAAAUCUACAACCAAGAUACUGAGAAAGAUGAGAGACCUGAGGAAUGAGAAUGUGAACCCCUUCUUGGGCUUCUUGUGUGACCGUGGAGUGUUGGCCAUCGCGACGGAACACUGCUCCCGGGGAAGUCUGCACGACCUACUCCGCAAUGAUGACGUCAAGCUGGACUGGAUGUUCAAGUCUUCCCUUCUGUUGGAUCUGAUCAAGGGGAUGAAGUACCUUCACCAUCGAGACUUCCCGCAUGGACGGCUGAAAUCCCGGAACUGCGUGGUAGACGGACGCUUCGUGCUGAAGGUGGUGGACUAUGGCUACAUCGAUCUAAUGGACGCGCAGAAGGUUCCUCACCAGGAUCCAGCACCCGAAGAGUUGUUUUGGACGGCUCCUGAGUUUCUGAGGGACCCUGAGCUAUCGAGGAAAGCGACAAUCAAAGGAGAUACGUACAGCUUUGCAAUCAUCCUGCAGGAGGUCGUGGUCCGAGGGUCACCAUACUGUAUGCUGGGUCUCAGUCCUGAAGAGAUAAUAAAGAAAGUGAAGAAGCCUCCGCCGAUGUGUCGGCCCACAGUCUCCCCGGACCAGGCACCGCUGGAGUGUAUCCAACUCAUGAAGCAAUGCUGGAGCGAGCUGCCGGACAGGAGACCCACCUUCAAUGAGAUCUUCGAUCGAUUUAAAAUCCUAAACAAAGGGAAGAAGACCAACAUCAUUGACUCCAUGCUGCGGAUGCUGGAACAGUAUUCCAGUAACCUGGAGGACUUGAUCCGGGAGAGGACGGAAGAGCUGGAAGUGGAGAAACAGAAGACGGAGAAGCUCCUGUCCCAGAUGCUGCCUCCAUCUGUGGCGGAAACAUUGAAGACAGGCGGCAACGUGGAGCCGGAGUAUUUCGAUGAGGUGACCAUCUACUUCAGCGACAUUGUGGGCUUCACCACAAUAUCAGCCAUGAGUGAACCGAUCCAGGUCAUUGAUCUCUUGAACGACCUCUACACUUUGUUCGAUGCUGUUUUAGGCAAUCACGAUGUAUACAAGGUUGAAACGAUCGGUGAUGCUUACAUGGUGGCGUCGGGGCUGCCACAGAGGAACGGCAACAGGCACGCUGCGGAGAUCGCCAACAUGUCUCUGCACCUCCUCAGCUCCGUGGGUUCCUUCAGAAUGAGGCACAUGCCCGAGGUCCCUGUCAAGAUACGAAUUGGGAUACAUUCAGGGCCAUGUGUGGCCGGUGUGGUGGGGCUGACGAUGCCACGAUACUGCCUCUUCGGAGACACAAUCAACACCGCCUCGCGUAUGGAAUCCACAAGUUUGCCUUAUCGAAUACAUGUCAACCAGAGCACUGUGAAAAUUCUCCGCAACUUGAACAAGGGAUAUAAAAUACAGGUCCGCGGACUAACAGAGUUAAAGGGCAAAGGCAUUGAAGAGACAUAUUGGCUGGUGGGGAAAGACGACUUUACUGAUCCUCUCCCUGAGCCUCCAGCAAUCAAACCAGGGGAGAACUGGCAAAAGACCGUGACCGAGGAGAUAAAGACUCAGUUCCGCAACAAGGUGACCGACAAGCAGAAGGCGUGA